AUGGAGCCGGUGGCGGACGGGAGCGACCUGCCAGAGGCACCCCCGGCCGACGUCGUCAACUCGCUGCGGUUCCUGCGUGAGGCGUGGCGGCCGUUUCUUCUUAAGCCGUCAGAUGAAGAGAUAGAAGAAAUGAAGAUCAAGGCCGCCGUGGCGGAGGAAGAGGCGGAUGCUCAUGCAGCGAAAUGCACCAGUGUAGAGUCGCCUGGGAUGAACCAAAGACUCCUUCACCAGGGGUUCCUUCCGAUUAUUGGAGCCAUGGAGCUCUUCGGAACGGCCUGGGACGGCUAUUCUGCAGAGGAGAGGCAGCACGCCGCCAACCUCCGUGUGCUGGAUGUGAUCGGCAUCCCCCUUUUCUGCCCGUGGUACCUCUUCCUUGGCAAGCUGUUUUCGCAGGAGGAUGCGCUGUAUGAGGUUGCUCCAGAUGCUCUGUGCACUGUGCUGCGGCUGGUUCUCGCGCUGGCGGCCGUUCUGGUGUUGUUACUCCACUCCCAGGCUGUGCCGAAGCCCACGAAGGAAGCUGAUGCCUUCCAUGUGCAGCGGAAGCUGGGGUACUGGGUCUACCUAACACGACACUGCAUCGCCUUCCAGGCUUGGCAUCAGGUGCUGACGCUCCUUGCGCCGUUCUCGCCCAUGCUGGGUGCUGCGACGAACGGCCUUUGCAUCAGCGUAGGCGGGCUUGGCUGGUUCGUGACCAUGCAGUAUUUCUCCCUGGUCGUUCCUGCGGACGGCUUCAAGGAGGAGUGCAAGAAGUGGGCCGAGCGUGGCGUUGCUUUCGGGCCAGUCCAGCAUGCUCUUCACAUCCCGCCCUUCUUCAUCGGGGCCCUGGACCUUUUCCUUCGUCCUUCUGCGCUGCUGGCGCGCUCGCUGAACGUCUUCUCGUGCUUGCGCUUCGGGGCUUUCUACGUUGUGGUGUACGUCGCCGUCUUCUUUGGCAACUACCAGCUGACGGGAAAGUGGCCGUAUGCGUUCAUGGACGCUUUUGGCACCGAUGUUGCGAAAUGGUCGAAGUUUAUCACGGUGCAGGCAGGGCGACUUUCCAGCGUGUAG